AUGAAAUUAAUUGGAGAAAGAAAGAUCUUUUCUAUGGGAAAAUUAUUUAAAAGAUCUUCUUCGAAGAUUCAUUCUGAAGAUCUUCAAGCUCAGCAACCAGAAUCAGCUGGAGCGGCGUCUAACUCGUCGUCUAAAAACUUUUUACGUCGUUUCAAGCUAAAAAAAUUCAAAAUUGGCAGAAACAUUAAUUUAUCACCCAAUACUAAUGAUAUUGAAGGAGAAAGCGAUAUAAAUCUUAAUAAUUUUUCACAAGAAACAUCUAUUGAACCCACAUUGAUUAUUGACACAACAUUAAUUACCGGUACGACACCCAAAUUUUUAUUAUCAAGUUUUGGUGAUUCAGAAGUUAAUAUUAAUAUAUUUUCAAAUGUCAAUAAUACAGAAGAGAAAUCUGAAGUGAAUUCAAAUACUUUAACACAAGAAGCAACAUCUAUCAAACCAACAUCGAUUACUGAAGGGAAAAGUGUUAUUAAUGAUAUUAAUUUGGAACAAAAAGAAUCUCCAAUCAAACCAUCAUUAAUUAUUGAUGCUAAAUUCGUAUUAUCGAUCUUUGGUGAUUCAGAAGUUAACAGAAAAACUAAUAUAUUAUCAAAUAUCAAUUAUUCCGAAGUGAAAAAUCUUUUAACACAAGAUGAACGAUGUUGCGAACUAAAAUCGAAAAUUGAGAAGUCAUCAGUAUUGAAAUUGGCAAGAAUUAAUUAUUUUGAAGACUCAAAAUUACAAAAUACUACUUAUCGAAUCAAUGAUUCUUCGAAUCCAGACUUAUGCUCGAAUAUAACUAUUAAUCAAAUUUUUGAUAGUUCAUCACGACUUGAAAAUCAUUAUUCAAAUUUCAUCUCAUCAGUAGAAACUUUUAAUAUUGGUGCUGAUUUUCCAAAAUAUGUUGAUUGCAUUUGUGAAGCAACAAAUAAAGAAGGUCGUACAGCAGCUCAUAGAAAUCGUAUCGGACGUAUUGCUCUUUAG